AUGCCGGGACCAGGACAGCGGAGCGGCGGGCAGGCGCUGCCCCCGAGCCGGGCCGAGCCGAGCUCCCCCGGUGCCGGGCGAUGGGUAAGAGCGGGUGGCCGUAGGGAGGGCUCCGGGACGGGAUCCGAGGAGGGGGCGGGGGGGUCACCAGGCGGGGUGGACCCCCUGUCCCCUCGCUGCGGCCCGGUAGUGGCGGCGGAGCACACGUACGGGGAGGUGAACCAGCUGGGUGGUGUAUUCGUGAACGGGCGGCCGCUGCCCAACGCCAUCCGACUGCGGAUCGUGGAGCUGGCCCAGCUCGGCAUCCGGCCCUGCGACAUCAGUCGCCAGCUCCGCGUCUCCCACGGCUGCGUCAGCAAGAUCCUGGCCCGCUACAACGAGACCGGCUCCAUCCUGCCCGGGGCUAUCGGCGGCAGCAAGCCACGGGUCACCACCCCCAACGUGGUCAAGCACAUCCGCGACUACAAGCAGGGAGACCCCGGCAUCUUCGCCUGGGAGAUUCGCGACCGGCUGCUGGCCGACGGCGUCUGCGACAAGUACAACGUCCCCUCGGUCAGCUCCAUCAGCAGGAUCCUGCGAAACAAGAUCGGGAGCCUCUCCCAGCCCGGCCCCUACGACGGCGGCAAGCAACCCCCCCCACAGCCUGCCCUGCCCUACAACCACAUCUACCAGUACCCUUACCCCAGCCCCAUGGCCUCCACGGCCGCCAAGAUGGGGGGUCACCCCGGCGGGCCCGUGGCCACCGCUCACGUCAGCUUGCCACGCUCCUGGCCCUCCGCUCACUCCGUCACCAACAUCUUGGGCAUCCGCACCUUCAUGGAACAGACGGGGGCUCUGGCUGGCACAGAGGGGUCUGCUUACCCCCCCAAAAUGGAAGACUGGCCCAGCGUGAACAGGACGGGCUUCCCCUCAACUCAGGCUGUCAACGGCAUGGACAAGGCUGCCGUGGAAGGAGAUAUCAAAUACCCGCAGCCCCCGCCAGGACUCUCCUCGGUGAGUAGCUUCCUCCCAGCCUGUGCUUAUCCCCCUUCCAACCAACACGGCGUCUACGGCGGCCCGCCUAGCGGCUAUCUUCCACCGGGUCCCCCCUGGCCACCACAGGGUAGCCCUUUGGGCCACCACGGACCCGGAGUGACGGUGCACGGAGGCGAUUUGGCCACGGCGAUGGCGUUCAAGCAGCCCGGGAGGGAAGCUGUGGACAGAAAACCCGUCAGCCCUGUGGGGAAACCUCCAGACCCUCUAAAUACCAUCCAUGGACUCUCUAUCCCAGCCUCCUCCUCCUAA